GUUAGAAGUUAGAAGCCACUCCACUAACCCAACCUACAGUACCGGCGCGGCCUGCUCCUCCAACAUUGGCUGACCCUCCUUUUCCUAAACUAAACAAAGCUCCUCCCUCUUGGAUGGAGUUGCUCUAAUUUAAUACAAACACUCAACAAAACUUACAUUAACAUCGUCAUCCCCUUCAAAGAGAAUUUAGCAAGUGAACAAAACAAAACAAAGAGAAAGUAAAAAACAAAAAGCGAAAAAGGAAACGAUAUUGCGAAUUCGGAAUUUUACGAGGCAAUAACAAUGCAGGGGGCAUGAUGACGAGAAUGGGAUUGAAAGGCCUAUGACUCCUUCAUUCAUUCCUUUGCCUUUGUCUUUGCAAUUAAUUUCAAAUAUUUUUCCGUCUCAACUAUUAUUCCUUGAGUGCACGAUCGUUUUUGAAUAUCAGUCAACGAGUUAAGAAUAUGAUUAACGUGCUUCUUUCGCUAAUUCUGAACUGUGGUUUGGUUUGGUUUGGCUUGGUAGUUAAUUAUUCAAGUUGAGGAAGAAUUCGGAAUUGUGAUUGUGAUUAUGCUUUUGAUGAACUUGAUGCUUCCUUUGGUACAAGAUUUAUAUGGACUUUGUCUCGCCACAGCUACAUUCUGAAGUCCCAUUUGACACUCACCCCUUGUUAAUGGCGCGCCCUACUCACCAUGUCAUUGACAUUACGGGGAGUUCCGGACCGUCCACUUCGUCUUCUUCCACACCCCAUGAUAGGCUUGCCAAUGAUGUGGAUUUUGGUGCUUUGAAUUCUAGGACUAGUAGAAGGCGAGGGGAUACUACGCGUAGUAGUAGGCAGCAUAGGAGUCCUUUGAAUUCGGGUUUGUGGAUAUGUGUUGAGUUAGUGAUCACCGUGAGCCAGAUUGUUGCGUCGGUUGUUGUUCUAUCGUUGUCAAAGCAUGAGCAUCCGCGUGCCCCUCUGUUUGCUUGGAUUGUUGGGUUUGCGUCUGGGUGUGUUGCUACCCUCCCUUUGCUGUAUUGGCGGUAUUAUCAUAAUUGCCUUGUUCGGGAGCUAGAGUCAUCAUCUCAGGCCUCUCUGAGGAGUAAUGAUCCUUCGGGGACACUUCUUUCCGAUUCCACGACGAAUGGAGGGGAAGAUGUUCCGGCAUCUUCCAGAAGCAACCAAGAGUCGUGGUUGAUGAAUGCAAGAUUGAAGCUACUAGUAGAAUACUUCAAAAUUGCUGUAGAUUGCUUUUUUGCUAUAUGGUUUAUUGUUGGAAAUGUAUGGAUUUUUGGAGGACAUUCAUCUGCUGAUCAAGCACCUAACUUGUACAGGUUAUGUGUAGUGUUUCUUACUUUUAGCUGUAUUGGUUAUGCUAUGCCCUUCAUUCUAUGUGCAACAAUUUGCUGCUGCCUGCCUUGCAUAAUUUCCAUCCUUGGGGUUAGAGAGGAUAUGGCACAAACCCCAGGUGCAUCCUCUGAAUCAAUUAAUUCUCUGCCGACUUAUAAGUUCAAAAUGAAGAAAAAUAAAAGCAAAGGGGAAAGCAACUCAGCUGUUAGUGAAGGUGGAGUUGUGGCUUCAGGAACUGAAAAGGAACGUAUGAUCUCUGGAGAAGAUGCAGCUUGCUGCAUCUGCCUGGCAAAGUAUGAAAAUAACGAUGAGCUGAGAGAAUUGCUUUGUUCUCACCUAUUUCACAAAGACUGUGUCGACAAGUGGUUGAAGAUAAAUGCUUUAUGCCCCCUUUGCAAGAGUGAGGUUAGUGAGAACGUAAGAGGAUCAGUCUCUGGGGAAGAUGCCAACCAACAUCAGGGUGAAAGCAGGAUUGAGAAUGGCCUCACCAACACCUCAUCGUAAUGUAGUUUAUAUACAUAUAGUCAUAUACACACUUUGUAGUCUUGUAAAGCUUUUCCUAUGCUGCCAACUCUUCAUUGGAUGGAUGUCUGAUCCUGAGGUUAAUCAUUCCAUUUCAUUUUUAUUCAUAUGUUUUCUCUAUCUUGCUGGAACUUAAGUUGGCUGAUACAUGGCUAUUGCCUUCUGUAUCCUGCUGUUUAUGCAGCUGAAUUAUAAGGGAAUGGAAAUUAUACUUGCAGAGUUGCAGAGGUUUUGCUUCUCAUAGCUCACUAAGUUUAAGUUGAACUUUGAUGGGAGAGAAAAAUGAAGAGAAAGUGGAAAAA